AUGAUCAUUGGCAUGGAAUGGAAUGAGGCAGGAGUGAGGAAUUGCUUGAAAGAAACAGUGCCAAUAAAUGGAUCAACUUACCCAAGUGGUUUGCCUGCUGCAGCAACUGUUGUGAAAGAAGUCUUAAGCAACGUUUCAAAGUCUGUCUAUUUGCUUGACAUAACUACUCUUUCACAACUGAGAAAAGAUGCACAUCCUGCUAUUUACAAUGGGUUAAGAGGCAUGGACUGCACACAUUGGUGUGUUGCUGGGCUUCCAGACACAUGGAAUCAACUUCUAUCUGCAGCUCUUAUAUGA